AGCCUGUAAGGAAGUCUUGUCUGGGCCAGUGGAUGCUGGCGAUCAGGAUUAUAGUAUAGAUGUUAUGAGCUACAGCACUGACUCUCACACACAGUCUUUUUCCAUACGGCCCUUUGGGUCUCAAAGUCAUCACUCAUCUGAAUGUAUAGGCCAGACACACUUUCUUUCAACCAACACCUCAGAUGACCAAUCGUCAGAUGAAUGGAAAAGAUAAAGGCUUGCUAACAGGAAAAAAAAAGGCAUUUUUAGUUUCAAUGACUACAUUUGUAUGAAAUUUAGAUUUUAAUGCAAACAGCAGCAAAUACUCCUGUUAUCACAUAUCAUUUUCUCUUGUUUUGCUAUAAAAACACUAGGUGUCCACAAGCAAAACUUUAAAUCACAUUGCUGUGGUCUGGUUACCUCUAUUCAUGCUGCGAAUCCAGUGUGCUGAGUUGACAUCCGUCAAGGAGCUCAAAAACCAGGUUCGGGAUCUACAGAAGCAACUGAGUGACACUGGGACUGAAAACAAAUUGCUGGUGAAGGUGCAGCAGCGCCACAUGGCGGCCCUGCAGUAUUUUCAAUACUCAGAAGGCAGCCAUGUGCAGAUAGUUGCUAAGCAGGAAAACAAGGCACAGGGUCUGAAGGAGAUAAUCCGUGGUGUUCACGCUUGUCAUGUCAAACUGACAAAGCAGCUCCAGACCUCAGAAAACAUGUUGCUCAAAACAAAGGACAGCGUGCACCACUUGGACCAGCUCAACCAGGAUCAUACACUGCUGGAGACGGAGGAGCUCAUCCGCAAGUUGGACAAAGCCACUGCAGAGUUGGACAGCAAGAACAAGAGGAUUCUGGAGCUGGAGAAUAAUCUGGAGUUGUGCCAAGCCUCAUUCAAUCACCAAAAUGAAAGAGAAAAAAGAAAGGCCAAAGAGGAGCAAAAGAAAAGCUGCAACCUGAAAGAGACGAUACAGGAUUUAACCCAGAAAAUUGAAGAUGCAGAGAAAGAACUGGCAAAGCUAAAUAUUUACUAUCACAGAUUACAAAAUGAAUGCAACAAGAAAGGUAUACAGAGGAAACUGAAAUCCAUUGUUAAUGAAAAUACAAUCACAGAGGUUUUGGAAAAUGACAGCUCAGAUGACAACAGCCACCAAAAUAAUACACAGACACCUUCAGAUAACACUGAGCAAUCAGAGGAGGACCCAGAAGAACAGACUGAUGAAGUUUGCAUUGAAAAGGAGUAUAUGUAUGUUGAAGAGGAACUGGAAGGGCAAACAGAGGAACAGCAAUGCCAGGAGCCUUUGGUGGUUGAAUAUCCAGAAGCAGAUGUUCCAGAGAAGAUGAGCACAGAAGAUAAUAAUGACACAUUUUGUCUACAUUAUUACAUUAUAAUUAUGAAUUUCUUUUCAGACAUCAGUGAGAAAAAUGAUGGCUGUGAAGAGAACCCAGAAGAUCAACCUGAAGGAAGCUGUAAUGAAGAAAACGUUGAGGAAACACACCACAUGUGCCACAUUGGUCAUAGAUUUCCCAGAAUCUAUCGCAAAUACAUUUUCAAACAAACAAUUGAAAACCUACACAAUGGCAGACCUGCUUACUGCAGUGAGAAUUGGACGCCCUGCACCAGAGAUGUUAUGGUAGAGACUUCGGUUAAGAAGCCAAAGGCACAGAAAGUCCAAACUGAGGGAUAA